AUGAUGGCGGACACGUUGCAGGGACUGCCUAGUGGGGCGGUUAAUCCUCGGGUUUUACGGGAAAGAUUGGCCGCUUGGGAUUCCAAAACACAACCAAAAGCCCCACUAACGGACGCCCAAAAAGAUGUGUUCAUCGAUCUCAGUACUCAGGUGGCAUCAAAGCCGCUGCCAAUUGAGUUGCCACUCGAUGACACUCCCUGCCUUCCCACACGGCUAACUCCGCCCACCAGUCCUGUUGGAAAAGAAUGGGUGGCAGGUUUUUUCAGCUACGGACCACAGGAGGAAAAAGCGAAAAUAGAAAAUGCUCAGCAGUUUUUCUCCUGGUUCGCUGAGCUAGAGGAUCAGAUUCAGACAGAAGAAGAGUCUUCUUAUAGUGGCUAUACGGAGGAACUGGAGGCAUACAGAGACAAGUGCAAUGAAGUGUUGCAGGAGGUCUCUGAUGCCCUGGAACAUCUGAAACAGCUACAGGCAAACUAUGUGUUCGUGUCAACGAAAACCAGCGCGCUGCAUGAGGCCUGCGAGCACCUGUUAGCAGAUCAGACUCAGUUGAUGGAUGUGGCCGAGAGCAUCAGUAACAAACUGUCAUAUUUUAAUGAGUUGGAGAGGAUAUCAAGUAAACUUGGUUCACCACAGUUGACGGUGACCAAUGAGUCGUUCGUUCCCAUGCUGUCCCGUUUAGAUGAAUGUGUUUUAUAUCUACAAUCAAAUCCCCGUUUCAAAGAAUCCAGUGUGUAUUUAGCCAGAUUCAAGCAGUGUUUGUCCAAAGCUCUUAAUCUCAUUAAAAUCCAUGUCGUCACAAUUUUACAAAAUGCCACGCAGCAGGUUACUCCCAAGAAGGAAAGUGGUGGAAAUGCUGAAAAUGCCUUUACCUUAUUUUAUGGAAAAUUCCGAGCCAACGCCCCUCGGGUGAAAGCUCUGAUGGAGCAGAUUGAACAACGGACAAAUAAAUCCCCUCAAUAUGAGCAGCUACUAGCUGAUUGUCACCAGUGUUACUUUACGCAACGCCAGACUUUGCUGGGACCCAGUGUCGCUAAUGCUAUUGCUGAUCUGGCAUCUAAACACGCGCGGGACCACUGUGCGCUGAUGAGAAGCGGCUGUGCGUUUAUGGUCCAUGUCUGCGAAGACGAACAUCAACUAUUUUUCAACUUCUUUUCAAGAUUUGCGCCAGAAUUGGAUGAGAUGCUGGAAAAAUUGUGCAAUAAUUUAUACGACGUGUUCAGGCCUCUUAUUAUACAUAUCAACCAUCUGGAGACAUUGGCGGAGCUCUGUAGUAUUCUAAAGGUGGAGAUGAUAGAGGAGCAUGUCAAGAACAAUAGUGAUCAGCUGCGCGCAUUUGAGUCGGUGUGUCUGCAGAUGCUGAUGGACGUACAGGAGAGGCUGGUGUACAGGACAUACAUCUACAUCAGGAGUGACAUCCUAAACUACGCCCCCGCCACAGGGGACCUGGCCUACCCAGAGAAACUAGAGAUGAUGGAGAAAAUAGCCGAAAGCUUGAGUAAGCCCAACAAGGGAAGUCACUCUAGGAAUGCCUCUGCAGGCUCAGCUGCCAGUCUUGAGGUGGCCCAGAUCACAGAGGGUGCGACUGAUCCUCCUGCGCAGGAGAACGGAACCAAAACAGUGGAAAAUGGAGUGGGGCCGUUUGCUGGUAGCCAUAGCAACAUGCCAAUGUCUCCGGCCGACCUGCAUGGGAUGUGGUACCCGACUGUGAGAAGGACUUUGGUUUGUUUGUCCAAGCUGUAUAGGUGUAUUGAUAAGACAACAUUUCAGGGCCUUUCCCAAGAGACUUUGUCUAUGUGUAUUGAUUCACUGAAAACUGCCAAAGCUGGAAUCACGGCCAGAAAAACCACAUUGGAUGGCCAGCUGUUCCUGAUCAAACACCUGUUGAUUCUCCGUGAACAGAUCGCACCUUUCCACGCAGAUUUCAGCAUUCGGGAAACCUCUUUAGACUUCAGCAAGUUCAGAGAAUUGAGGGAACACGCUACAUUAUCUCACAUGUGGGAUGCAGCCUAUGGCUUGUUUCAGAAGAAAUCUCAACUUUUUGCCCUCAACAGUACGAAUGCCUUACUACAACUCAUUCUGGAGGGCACUCCACAGGUCACUGAAAACUUUGUGGAUUCGAAAAAAGAUGUGGAUAAUCAGCUGAAAAAGACAUGCGAGGAAUUUAUCCACGAUGUAUCAGACCAGUGCUUGGGACCAAUGAAAAACUUUCUCACAAGGGCUGAUGUAAUUGUCACAGUUAAGAAAGUGGAAGGGACACGGCAGCUCUCCCUGUCACGGCAACCUUUUGCAGCACCAGAGAAAGUACAAGAUGUGGUUGCAGAAACAUACAAAAUCAUCAAGACAAAAGUGCCAGUGAUAAAACGUAGCAUGGCCCUUUAUCUAGCCAAUCGAGACACAGAAUCCAUUCUUUUUAAACCAAUCAAAGGCCAUCUCCUGCAGACGUUUCAGCAGAUGGGUCAGCUGUUGCAAGAGAACUACUCUGAGGAAGACAGGCAGAUAGUGGGCUGUCCAACUCCAGAACAGAUGAAUUUGCUGUUGGCGUCCAGUGGCAAGUGA